AUGCCCAGACGACGCAAAGACUACCUAUCAGAUGGUUCAGACUCGGACGCCUCACAGUCCGGACAAUCUGAGGGCGGCUUCAACUCUCAGGAGGACGAAGACUCUCGAGCCGAGAGAGAGCUCUUCGAGUAUAAUGGGAACAAGCGGCGGAAAAAGGGUGGAGGGAAAGAGGCUGCUUGGGAAGGUAUCUUUGGAGAGGAAGAGGAAGAUUAUCGAGCUGGUGGGAGAGGUCUGGGAUCUAAGAGAGGGGUAAGGGGAGGUAAAGCCUCCAGCUCGAGGACUGAUUGGACAAAAGCACCUGCGUUCGUCCCCAAAGCAGCAAAUACUGAGGUGAGCAAGAGUGAGGAGGUACGAGAUGUAAAGAUGGCUAGUGAAGACGAGGAGGAGUCAGGGAGCGAGAACGACACAGACGAUGAGCCAACUCGACCACCAUCGCCUCGUGUCAGAGAAGAAGAGCCUGAAGAAGAUGAUCAACCUAGGCGAGGAAUGGGGAUGGGUUUAGGCUUCAAGCCCGCUUCCAGUGUAGAUGAUGAGGUACCCUUACAAGACGAGGACGGCGGGGCGAAUCCCAAGAUCGGUGGCAGGGCAGGGAUUGGGUCAAGCAAUCGAGGUAGAGGAGGGAUAGGUUCUUCCUCGCGAGCUGGGUUGGGAGCUACCGAAAUGCCUACAACUGCAUCGGCCGGAUCUGUUAGAGGAGGUCUUGGCUCGUCAAAUGCUCCUUCAAACAUGAUGGACAGUCCUACUCCUACGCCAUCGGUCCCAUCGGCGUUUGGACGACCUACUGUACUCCCUACAUCUGAGGCCGGACCUUCAAGACCACAAUCCUCUUUCAGAGCACGACCAGCAGCCCCCACUACGGCCCCUCCACCAACUGCGAACUUGACCGCCGCUGAAAAGGCCCAUUUUCGGUCUAUCGAGUCAUCUUUCGGAGCUCGAAUGCUUGCCAAAGCUGGUUGGGUAGCUGGGAAGGGUCUGGGAAUGAUGGAAGAUGGUCGAGCUGUACCCGUAGCUGCGGGGAAGAUCAUCAGAGGGCAGGGUAUCUCAUCGGGAAUACGUACUGAAGAUAGUAAGCGAGAUGCGAGACGAAGGGGAGAAAAGGUGUCAGAUGACGAGGAAGAAAAACCUAGGAGAAGAGGGAAAGCAGGUCGUGCGGGUGGCAAUGAUGGGCCAAACAGGGAACAGGAGCAGGGAUGGAAGAAUCAAAGGAAAGUCAAGGUCAAAGUUGAGCACAAGACUUACGAGCAAUUGUUGGCCGAAGCAGGACAAUCAGCAGCGGCAGGAGUGGGUCAGAUCAUCGAUGCCAGAGGCGGAGAGAUGAAAGAGGUCUCCAGCAUGUCGGCUCUGUCUUUGUCAUCUUGGACACCCACAUCGGAUUCAACACAACUUCCAGAACUGCGACACAAUCUUAGACUCAUCCUCGACGUGGGCAAAGACGAUGUGACAGCGGCGGCCAGAGAGGGCAAGAUGAUCAAUGAAAGAAGGGCGUGGUCCCUGAAAGAGGAGGAACGAGCUCGUAGACGAGUAGAGGAGGCAGACAAAGAAUCUAGAAGGUUGGAACGAAUCUCAACUCUGAUAGAGUCGAUCACGACAAAGGCCGCGGCUCAGGCAGCACAUGCGGAUCCGUCUCUUGCCAGACUCACAGAGGACUUUGGGAUACUUCUGAAUGAUUUCAAGGACGAAUAUGUGGCAUUGGGUCUCGACGAUGUGGUGGUAGGCGCGAUCGCCCAGAUUUUGAAGCGAUCAUUGAAUACUUGGCAACCUUUCGAAGUCUCCUCUGACGUCCUACUCUCCUCACUGAAGCCAUGGCGACAUGCAUUCAACCUUCCACGAAGCGACAAUGACGAUGCGCAAGCUCUCGUGCCUAGUGAUAACUCAAGCAACGGCGUCAACGGACACAACAUAAUUAACGGUGAACGAGACAUGUCAGCCUGGGAGACGCUUCUAUGGACCGCUUGGCUACCCAAAGUCCGGUCAGCUAUCAACAAUGAAUGGGACCCGUCUAAACCUCAAGCAGCGGUACAUCUUCUAGAGUCCUGGGACCCCAUAUUACCUCCCUUCAUCAGAGACAACAUCAUUGAUCAGCUCGUACUACCUAAAGUGAAGGCGGCGGCAGACCAUUGGGAUCCUCGAAGGGCCAAGCUCGGCAAGGGAGUCAAGUCUUUGGCCGGUGUCGUAUUUCCAUGGCUGCCAUUACUCGGUGCAAGGGCAGACGAAAUGUUAGAAGGCGCCACGCGGCGAUUACGUUCUGCCAUGCGGAGUUGGGUUGUUAAGGAUGGAGUACCUGAUGAGUUGUUGCGUUGGAGAAAAGAUGUCUUCUCUUCGAGCGAAUGGGAUAAACUCAUGCUGCAAACUGUUGUCCCCAAACUUGGUGCUACUUUACGGGAAGACUUCACUAUCAAUCCCCGGAGUCAAGAUAUGGUUCCUUUAGUGGACUGGGUUAUGCCAUGGCAUAAUCUCUUGCGUCCUUCAGUCUUCUCACAUUUAAUCGAGGUCGAGUUCUUCCCUAAAUGGUUGGAUAUACUGUACAUUUGGCUCAUCCAACCGACGUAUAAACCGGAUGAAGUCGCCAAUUGGUAUGAUUGGUGGAAGAGACAAUUUCCUCAAGAAGUACUUGACAUGCGUGGUAUCGCCCAUGGAUUCGACACUGGCAUUCAGCUCAUGAUGUCCGCCGUGGAUUUGGGACCGGAAGCCCCGUCUAAACUGCGCAAACCAAACUACGCCCCUUUACCACCGUCCAAAUCGAGCAAGUCAAGCUCGAAAAGUACAACGUCGGUAUCCCGUCCUCGACCUAUGGAGUCGACAAUGGGAGAUAUCACAUUCAGAAACUUGGCCGAGGAAGCUGCGGCGCAACACGACCUUAUCUUUUUACCGUUGGGGAAGUCACAUUUGCAGACGGGGAAACCGUUGUUCAAAGUUGCGAAGGAUGCCACGGGGAGGGGAGGUCUCACGAUUUAUGUGGGGGAAAGUGCGGUGUUUGCUCAAGGAGAGGAUGGGACGUACAAAGCUGUGUCGUUGGAAGAUAUGGUCAAGAGGGCAUUAGCAUGA